AUGUCUAAAAAGAGAAAGGCUGUGCGUGUGGUCGAAACCUCCGCACGGCGUCCACCAAAUGAUCGUUACGACGCCGACGAAACCUUCAAUGACUCGGAAGAUGAGUUCUUUGCAGGACGAGACAAAGUUCUCCUGGAUGAGGAGCCCAGCGCAAAGAGGAGAAGGAAGUUGCAAGAGCAAGAGCGAGACUUGGAACCGUCUGAUGAGGAGGUCUAUCAGGAGCAGACUACUGAAGAUGAGUCCGAAGUCGACGAGGGUGCGACCGGCCAGGCUGAAGAAGACGAGGAAGAGGAAGGAGAAGGCUAUUGGGGAUCAUCCAAGGCCGACUACUACAGUGCCGAUGUGAUCGAGACCGAAGCUGAUGCAUUGGAAGAAGAACAAGAGGCCAGGAGGCUGCAGCUGAAACAGCUCAAGGGCAUGACUGAGGCUGACUUUGGGUUGGAUGAAAGCGCAUGGGUCGCUGACAGUUUGCAAACGCAAGAGAAGCGGCCGGCAGUGGAGAAACUGCCUGAACUCCAGAUCUCUGAGAGUGCGACCGUCGACGAACGCAUCAAAAUUCUGAAAUCGAGAUACCCCGAAUUCGAGCCGCUCAAAAAGGAUUUUCUUUCAUUGCAAGAGACUUACCAAUCAAUUAAAAAAGAAGCUGAGAUGGAGCAAGGCAACUAUGGAGGUGUCACAGCCACAAAAUUUCGAGCCUUGUCGGCAUAUCUAGGGGCCGUGGCGAUGUACCUCGCGCUCCUCACUUCCACCAAGACCGGCUUGGCGUUGGCACCGGGAGAACUCCGAGACCAUCCCAUAAUGUCCAAUCUGUUUCGCUGUCGCCAGUUGUGGGAAGAAGCUGAAUUGCUUCGCCCGAUGGAUGCCCUUGAAAUACCGGAGACCAAACCGCCAACUAUAAAACCACAGAAUCUAGCUCCGGAGGUUUCUCGACCAUCUGUCAUAAAGAAGACAAAAACGAAGCUGUCAUUGCCAGAAUCACACUCUCCGGAACCUCCAGUUGUGAGCGCCAAAUCGAAGAAGGUUAAGAAGUCAAAGAGAAACGAGCUGCAAGAACUCCUAGCGUCUUCAAUGCAGAAAGCGACGGAAGAAGAGUCUGACUUUGGAGACGAGGCUCCUUUGACUCAGGAGGAAGCUGCCGAGAAGGCUCGACGGAAGAAGAGUCUGAGAUUCUACACCUCACAGAUCGCGCAGAAAGCAAACAAACGAGGCGCAGCGUCGCGACAGGCCGGAGGCGAUGACGAUCUACCCUACAAAGAGCGCAUCCGAGACAAGCAGGAGCGCUUGAUGCGCGAGGCGGAGCAGAGGGGGAGGGUAGCCGCCAACGAGAGGGAGGCACUUGAUGAUAUCGAUGACGAGGAUCUCGAGGCCGGCCGGAGAAUCAAUGACGAGGCCAACGAGUACUACGACAUGCUAGUCACAAACUCCAAGAAGAAGAAAGCAGAGAAGCGAGCCAGGGCCGAAGCCUACGCCGAAGCCGCCAGACAAGGCGCCCAGGUCCACGAAGAAGAACAGGUCGGGCCGGACGGCAAGAGAAAGAUCACGUACGCGAUCGAGAAGAACAAAGGGCUAGCGCCAAAGAGGAAGAAGGAGGUCCGCAACCCACGCGUCAAGAAGAGGAAGAAGUUCGACGAGAAGAUGAAGAAGUUGGGAUCCAUGAGAGCCGUGUAUAAAGGAGGCGAAGGCCGCGGCGGCUACGGCGGUGAGGCGACAGGCAUAAAGACGAACCUGGUCAAGAGCAUCAAAUUGUGA